AGUACGAUCGUCGAUCGGGCGCACUUCAAGUCUUUUCUCUUUAGUCUAACCUCCGACGGAUAUGACGCUUUAACCCUAAAUUUUUUUUUAAAUUACUCGGUAUAAAGUAAAAAAUUAAGGAUGUCUCGUCGACAUCGCGUCGCGAAUCUCAAAGUAGAGGAGAAGCAGCCACAGCUUCAACGUCAGGAAGACGAUGAAGACGACCAAUACGAGGAGUGUACCGUUAUAUCGGAAGCCUCGAUUACGAAAUCUGACAAUGAUGAAAAAUCUCCUCUGAGUUCGCGACUCAAACAAAUACUCAGUUGGCCGACGAGUCUUUUCAACUGGAUCUACAGCUAUAUAACCCUCGAGCUUAACCCUCUUUUCCUCGAGGAUAAACCUAACAACAGCAGCUCUGAGGAGACGGGCAAACUACUUCCUAGCAUUAUUUCUUUCGUUCUCGGACUGGUCCUCUACAGGACCUACGAAGAUUCUCUCGACACAGUAUUGACGAAAGGUUUGAAAGCGGUACGAGGACUACUGAAUCUAGGCUGCGAAGGGCUCGAGGCUCUAGUCAGUAUCUGCGUCGUCCUACUGUUUUGGAUAGGCGGCAUAAAACUGCUGAGUAACGCACUAGAGAAGAUACUCGAAUUGCCGAAACUGUACGCCUAUCACGAGUCCGGGUAAAAAUAUUUACCUCCGUCGGUGGUCUUCUUCGAGUCGCGACUGAAUUCUACGGUCGUCAUAUUGUAAAAUUUGGAGGUGAUUCGGAGCGUUGAAAUUGCAGAUGGAAGUUUAAAACUGAUCAUUGAAGCUGCGCGCUAACUGACACUAUGCAUUACACAAUAAAACUAGACACACUUUGCACACUUAGAAACGCAAACGAUGUAGACCUUACGAACGCGUAGAGUUUACUGACUGCCUUGUGAGCCCGUGUAUACUUGUAAAUCGAAGCGAGUAAGCUUUGUUUUGUUUUGAAGAAAGUGUCUGCUGUGAUCGACGAAAAUAAACUGAAUACAUACGCUAUAUACAAGGCUUUAUUAUCUAACGCUUCUUCAAUAGAUUUCGCCCAGUGUAUAAUAUAAAAUCGUAUCCUAUAUACAUCGUUAAAUACUUUGUUCUAGCGCAGAGUAUGUCAUUAACAAUACGUAUAAUUACAAACCUUUAAAAUUUCAGUACAAAAUAUGAUGCUUCUACAGUUGUGGUUAAUAUUUGAGAACA